ACCUAUCGCCUGCCCUAUCGGUUCAUCACGCAAGAUCGAUGGAGAAUGCGCAAUGGUGAUGCAAAAGAUUGUCACCAUCAUAGAUUGAAAAUUCGCAUUGCGCCGUCUUUUUUUUUUUUAAUAAUUAGCAGCAUGGAGACCGCCAUCAUUUUCAUCAAUAGGGCACCGGAGCUGCCAGUAAUAUCACCGACCGGCGUUACCUUUCUGAUUCAAAUGAUACCUUCAUUCACUCGUUACUGUUCAAAGUGUUCUUGAUUAUCAUCCAUCUCAAUUGACCGUUGCGGGCACUAGCCUCCGAGAAAAAGAAAAAAAAAAUAUGUCUGAAGACCACAAAGGCCCUAUUUCUGAUCCGGUUUCUGAGGCAGAAAUAGCACCUGGCCUAGUACCUGCAAAUGUGGAUGAAAUUUCGAGGAAACUUCGUCGAAAAGUGCUUCUGAAGAUUGAUCUUGUGAUAUUGCCAAUACUUUUUAUCGCUCAAUUUCUUUCGUUCUUGGACAAGAAUGGAUUGGCGUACGCUGCGAUUUACGGAAUGCAGAAAGAUGCUCACUUGGUAGGGCAAGAGUACAGCUGGCUUGGUUCUAUCUUCUAUUUUGGAUACCUUGCCAUGGAGUUUCCGACCAUGUGGCUUCUCACCAAGGUCCCAAUUGGCAAAUACAUUGGCGUGAGCAUUAUUGGCUUCGGAUUGGUUCUUUGCUGCAUGACAGGCGCCAAAAGUUUUGCCGGUCUUGCGGCAGCGCGGUUUGUCCUGGGCAUGUUCGAAGCAGGCUUGCUCCCCUCAUUUAUAAUCCUCAACUCGGUCUGGUACCGCCGGGAGGAACAACCUUUGCGCACUGCAAUUUGGUGGAAUACUUUUGCUGGGAUAUUCGGUGGUAUUCUAAGCUACGCCAUAGGCCAUAUUGUCGGUCCCCUGUCAACAUGGAAAUACAUUUUCAUCAUCUACGGCGCCAUCUCAAUGUUUCUCGGAAUCGUCACGCUUUUCGUUCUGCCUGACAGUGCGCAAAACGCCUGGUUCCUCACCGCGGAAGAAAAGCAAGUUGCCUUCUCGCGCACCGCCGCCAACCAGACCGGAGUCAACACGCACCGAUCGUUCAAAUUAUCGCAGGUCCUUGAAGCCCUUGCGGAUCCCAAGUACUGGGUCAUGGUGAUAUUUGCCAUUGCGCAAGCCCUUACCAACGCCGGUGUGACCAACUUUAACCCCCUCAUCAUCUCGGGAUACGGCUUCUCCACGUCGAAAACUGCCCUCAUGGCUAGCCCACAGGCCGCAGUCGCUUUUAUCGCCCAGGUGUCGUGCACCGUGCUCACCUUUUUUGUCCCUAAUAUCCGCUGCCUCUUGUGGGUCUUGUCCUGUCUCCCGGCCCUUGCGGGUGCUAUUAUGAUUCGUCUUCUCGAUCCAACUCUGCACCGAGACGCUUCUCUUACGGGCGUCUACUUGAUGGGCUUCUAUAAUCCGUCUUGGAUCCUCAUGCUCAGUCUCCAGUCGUCAAACACGGCCGGCAUGACCAAGAAGAGUUUCGUCUCUGGUUCGGUCGCUGUCUGUUAUGCCAUUGGCAAUAUCAUUGGUCCCCAGUUUUUCCGUGCAUCACAGAAACCCCAUUACCAGCUCGGCAUUGGUGCCAUGCUCUGCGCCUUUUGCAUCAUGGCUGGCAUGGGUAUUUUGUACUGGAUCAUUUGCGUCUACCAAAACUCUGUCAAGAACCGCGCUGCUUCUGCUUCUGCUGGGUCUUCCCCCGAAACCCAAAAGGACGACCUCGCACAUGUUCAAGAAACUGAAGUCCAGGAUCUGACUGAUGUGCAGAAUCCUACAUUUAGAUAUACCUAUUAGUUUUUUUUCUCACUUUCUCUUUCUAUCCUUUUUCUCCUUCUCCUUCUCUUUCGCUUUCUCCUUUUCUUCCCCCUUGCCUUUUUCUCUGAAUCAUUCUCGUUUUCUACCUCCCACCCCUUUCUCCGUCCCUCCCACUCGCUCCUACAACAAAAUUCUGACAGGAAGGUAGGGCUCAAAUAUCCUCCUGAUAUCUCCCCCAUUUUAUUCGUCUGUACAUAGUUCUCUUCUUCCCCCCCCUCGGUUUCUAUCUUUUAUACUAUGUUUCUCUUUUUAUAUACAUAUACCACAUGAAGCGAAGCUAGUUUGGAAAAGAUCGUUGUAACAUUGGAACAUUUGAAAAUUCCAGCUCUACUAGAGAAGAGCAUCAAGCCAGUUUAUACAAAGGCAUAUCUUAUAGAAUAUAUAUGUCAUGGCGGCGUGGUC